GUUUGUGUUUGAAUUUAAUGGCGCGGUAAAGAGCGGAGUCAGACAUGCUGAAAUUCAAGUUUGGAAAUCGCGGCGUUGCGGAUUCUUCCAUCUCAGACCCUAUUACUAGUAGGGCUGCUAGACUCAACAACUUCUUCCAGGGAAAGUCAUCGUGCCAGUUUCCUUUUCAACAACAGUUAUCAGCCCUAAGCAGAGAAGGACUUUUAGAUUCAUUGUUUGUUUUAUUUGAAGAAUGCAGCAAUCCUUCAUUAAUGAAAAUUAAACAUGUGUCGAACUUUGUAAAAAAGUAUGGUGACACUAUUGCAGAAUUACGUGAUCUUCAUCCCAGUGUGAAGGACUUUGAAUUGAAGAAUGUUAUUGGACGGGGUCAUUUUGCUGAUGUGCAUGUUGUCAAAGAGAAAUUGACAGGUGACAUCUUUGCUAUGAAAAUCAUGAAGAAGAAAGCACUUCUAGCCCAAGAGCAGGUUUCAUUUUUUGAGGAAGAGCGGAGCAUAUUAAGCAAUCAUAUCAGCCCUUGGAUUCCCCAGUUGCAAUAUGCAUUUCAGGACAAAGAUCACUUAUUUUUGGUAAUGGAAUAUCAACCUGGGGGAGACCUGUUGACAUUAAUGAGCCGUUACGAUGACCAGUUUGAUGAAAGUAUGGCACAAUUUUAUCUGGCAGAACUCAUUCUUGCAAUUCAUAGUGUUCAUCAAAUGGGUUAUGUACAUAGAGAUAUAAAACCAGAGAACAUCCUUAUUGAUCGUACUGGACACGUUAAACUAGUGGAUUUUGGAUCUGCUGCAAAACUGACUGUGAAUAAAACAGUGAAUGGUCGUCUCCCUGUUGGCACUCCAGAUUAUAUGGCUCCAGAAGUUCUUUUGGUGAUUAGUGGAGAUGGAAAGUCCACAUAUGGACCAGAAUGUGAUUGGUGGUCUCUGGGCAUAAUCGCUUAUGAAAUGAUGUAUGGAAGAUCUCCAUUCACAGAAGGGACUUCAACAAAAACAUACAAUAACAUCAUGAACUUUCAGCGUUUCUUGAAGUUUCCAGAAGAACCAAAAAUCAGUAAAAUGUUACUUGACUUGAUCCAGGGAUUGCUAUGUGGAUCUAGGGAGAGACUAAAGUAUGAAGAUCUGUGCUGCCAUCCAUUUUUUUCCAACACAGAUUGGAACAACAUCCGCAACACUCCUCCUCCAUUCGUUCCUACCUUAAAGUCUGAAGAUGACACCUCAAAUUUUGAUGAACCGGAGAAGAAUUUGCGGGGUAUAUCCUCUUCGUGCCAGCUGAUCUCUACAGGAUUCUCUGGUGAAGAUUUGCCAUUUGUGGGGUUUUCAUUUAUAAAGGCUCUAGGCACGUUCUCCAAAUCUGAGUCUCUUGUGUCUGGUUUGGAAUCUCCAGCCAAGGCGAGCUCCAUGGAGAAGAAGCUAUUUCACAAGAGCAAAGAGCUGCAGGACACACAGGACAAAUGCCACAAGAUGGAGCAAGAAAUGACUCGACUGCAUCGCAGAGUUUCCGAGGUGGAGGCUGUUCUCAGUCAAAAAGAAGUUGAACUAAAAGCAUCUGAAACCCAACGAUCUCUCCUGGAGCAGGAUUUGGCCACUUACAUCACAGAAUGCAGUAGUUUAAAGCGCAGCCUGGAACAGGCUCGAAUGGAAGUAUCCCAGGAAGAUGACAAGGCAUUACAGCUUUUACAUGACAUCCGGGAACAGAGCAGAAAACUUCAGGAUAUUAAGGAACAGGAAUUUCAAGCUCAGUUAGAGGAGAUGAAGCUGAUGAUGCAUCAGUUGGAGGAAGAUCUUGCUGCUGCCCGCAGACGUAGCGACCUGUAUGAAAAUGAACUGAGAGAAACGCGAGUAUCUGCAGACGAAUCCAAACGCAAAGCAAUGGAAUGCCAGCAAAAGCUCCAGAAGGCAAAAGAUCAUGGGAAAGCUGAAGUCGGAGAGCUGCAUUCUAAACUUGAGAAGAUCAAUUCUGACCAGCAGAAUAAAAUCCAAGAGCUACAAGAGAAACUUGCAAAGGCUAUAAAAGCCAGCUCUGAAGCAACAGAACUUCUACAAAAUAUUCGGCAAGCAAAAGAGAGAGCUGAAAAAGAGCUGGAGAAACUUAAGAAUCGGGAAGACUCAAAUGAUGGGAUAAAGAAGAAACUGUUUGAGGCUGAAGAGAGACGCCACUCUUUAGAAAACCAAGUACGGAGGCUGGAGAAUGUAGAACGCAGAGAAAAUAAAUUAAAGGAAGAUAUUCAGAUUAAAUCUCAGCAAAUUCAGCAGAUGGCUGAAAAAAUAAUGGAACUUGAAGAAAAUUACAGAGAAGCUCAGAUUGGAGCACAGCACUUAGAUGUUCAUCUGAAACAGAAUGAGCAAACCCAUGAAGAAAAAGUCAAAAAUCUUGAAACACAGAUUAAAAGAGAUCUUAUGGAAAAGGAGUCUCUUGAAGUACUCCGUCAGAAGAAUGAAGAAGAAAUUUCUGAAAAAAACAGCAUACUAAGUGAACAGAAAGCGAUGAUUAAUGCUCUGGAAUCAAAAAUCAAGUCCCUGGAACAAAGAUUAGCAGAACUGUCAGAAGCAAAUAAACUGGCGGCAAAUAGCAGUGUCUUUACACAAAGGAACAUGAAAGCCCAAGAGGAAAUGAUUUCAGAACUGAGGCAACAAAAAUUUUACUUGGAAACCCAAGCUGGAAAAAUAGAGGCCCAAAAUCAGAAGCUUGAAGAACAGCUAGAGAGAAUCAAUAAUCAGGAGCACACAGACAAGGCUCAUCUCCUGGAACUGGAGAACAGAUUGCGGGAGAUCAAUCUAGAGCACGAGGAGCAAAAGCUGGAGUUGAAGAGGCAGAUAACGGAGCUGCAGCUGUCAUUGCAGGAAAGAGAAUCCCAGCUCUCCACCUUACAGUCAGCACGUUCUUCUUUAGAGCAUCAGCUCCACCAAGCCAAAACAGAGCUUGAGGAGACUACAGCAGAAGCAGAGGAAGAGAUUCAAGCUCUGAGGUCUCAUAGAGAUGAAAUCCAAAGGAAAUUUGAUACCUUGCGUGACAGUUGCACAGUUCUUACUGAUCUCGAAGAUCAGCUCAAUCGUAUGAGUGAAGAAAAUGCAGACUUGAACAAUCAGAAUUUUUACUUGAGCAAGCAGUUAAAUGAGGUAUCAGGAGCCACAGAUGAAAUUGUACAGCUACGAAGUGAAGUGGAUCAUCUAAGAAGGGAAAUCACAGAAAGGGAGAUGCAACUCACAAGCCAGAAACAAACCAUGGAGGCUUUGAAAACCACAUGUACAAUGCUAGAAGAGCAGGUAAUGGAUCUCGAAGCUUUAAAUGAUGAACUGCUGGAGAAGGAACGUCAGUGGGAGAACUGGAGGAGUUCAUUAGAAGAUGAGAAGAACCAGUUUGAAUGUAGGCUUCGAGAAGUACAGAGGCUGCUUGAUACAGAAAAACAAAGCAGGGUGAGGGCCGAUCAGCGCAGUACAGAAUCACGCCAGAUGGUGGAGUUGGCCGUUAAAGAGCACAAAGCAGAGAUUUUAGCGCUACAGCAAGCACUAAAGGAUCAAAAGCUCAAGACUGAAAGUCUUUCUGAUAAGCUAAAUGAUUUAGAAAAGAAACAUACAAUGCUGGAGAUGAAUGCACGCAGCUUACAGCAAAAACUGGAGACUGAACGGGAACUAAAACAGAGGCUUUUGGAAGAGCAGGCUAAGCUUCAACAGCAGAUGGACCUGCAAAAGAAUCACAUCUUCCGUUUGACCCAAGGACUUCAGGAGGCCCUGGAUCGAGCAGACUUGCUGAAAACCGAGCGGAGUGAUUUGGAAUAUCAGAUGGAGAACAUGCAGGCUCUUUAUUCGCACGAAAAGGUGAAGAUGGAAGGCACUAUUUCACAACAAACUAAGCUUAUUGAUUUCUUACAAGCAAAGAUGGACCAGCCAUUAAAGAAGAAAAAGAGUUUGUUUGGAAGACGCAGAGAUGACCCCAAUCAGGCCUCACAGAUUCCUUUACAGUAUAAUGAACUAAAGGUAGCCUUAGAAAAAGAGAAAGCACGAACUGCAGAACUGGAGGAAGCACUUCAGAAAACUCGGAUAGAACUUCGCUCUGCCAGAGAAGAAGCUGCACAUUUAAAGGUGGCAGAUCAUCCACUUCCUUCGACACCUGGAACAGCAAGGCAGCAGAUCAUCAUGUCUGCAUUGGUUCGAUCACCUGAGCAUCAGCCCAAUGCUGUCAGUCUUCUGGCUCCCCAGUCUAGCAGACGAAAGGAAUCCUCUGCUCCAGAAGAGUUCAGUCGCCGUCUCAAAGAGAGAAUGCAUCAUAAUAUUCCCCACCGGUUUAAUGUUGGUCUCACAAUGAGAGCAGCUAAAUGUUCCGUGUGUUUAGAUACUGUCCACUUUGGUCGUCAGGGAGCAAAAUGCGUAGAAUGUCAGGUCAUGUGUCACCCAAAGUGUUCCUCCUGCCUCCCAGCUACAUGUGGCCUCCCUGCAGAAUAUGCUACACAUUUCACUGAAGCGUUUUGUAGAGAGAAAAUGAACUCACCCGGGAUGCAAGUGAAGGAAGCGAGUGGGUCAGUGCGUUUGGAAGUCUGGAUGAAGGUUCCAAGGAACAACAAACGUGGACAGCAAGGCUGGGACCGGAAAUACGUUGUCUUGGAGGGGUCUAAAAUUUUAAUCUUUGACUCCGAAUUAAAAGAAGGGGGACAACGACCUGUAGAGGAGUUCGAGCUUUGCCUGCCAGAUGGUGACGUAACGAUUCAUGGAGCUGUGGGGUCCACAGAGCUUGUAAAUACUGCUAAGUCAGAUGUGCCAUAUGUCAUGAAAAUAGAAUCUCAUCCACACACCACUUGUUGGCCGGGACGCACAUUGUACUUACUGGCACCUAGUUUUCCUGAUAAGCAACGUUGGGUCACUGCCUUGGAGUCUGUGGUGGCUGGCGGGAGGGUGUCAAGGGAAAAAGCUGAAGCUGAUGCUAAGCUUCUCGGAAAUUCCUUGUUGAAGCUAGAAGGUGAAGACCGUCUUGAUAUCAACUGCACUAUACCUCUCACAGAGCAGAUUGUAUUGGUUGGUGCUGAGGAGGGCCUGUACGCUCUAAAUGUCCUGAAGAAUUCUCUCACACACAUACCAGGGGUGGGCGCAGUGUUUCAGGUUCAUAUCGUGAAGGAGCUAGAGAAACUUCUCCUUAUAGCAGGAGAGGACAGAGCCUUAUGUCUGAUUGAUGUAAAGAAGGUCAAACAGUCCCUGGCCCAGUCACACCUGCCAGCACAACCAGAAAUUGCUCUGACAGUUUUUGAAGCUGUAAAAGGAUGUCAUCUUUUUGCUGCAGGAAAAAUUGAAAAUGGGUUAUGUAUCUGUGCAGCCAUGCUCAAUAAGGUGGUGAUACUGCGGUACAAUGAAAGCCUCAGCAAGUUCUGUAUAAGAAAGGAAAUUGAAACAUCUGAACCAUGUAGUUGUAUCUAUUUCACUGGGUACAGUAUAAUUAUCGGGACAAACAAGUUUUAUGAGAUAGAGAUGAAACAAUACACACUGGAAGAAUUCCUGGAUAAAAACGACCACUCGUUGGCAUCUGCUGUGUUUGCUUCUUCCACCAAUAGUUUCCCUAUUGCUAUAAUGCAGGUUAAUAGCACAGGGCAGAGAGAGGAAUAUCUCCUUUGUUUCCACGAGUUUGGUGUAUUUGUUGAUUCUUAUGGAAGACGAAGUCGCACUGAUGAUCUGAAGUGGAGCAGACUGCCUCUUGCAUUUGCAUACAGGGAACCCUACUUGUUUGUAACCCAUUUUAAUUCUCUGGAAGUGAUUGAGAUUCAGGGACGCGCUGCUUUGGGUGCACCAGCUCGAGCCCAUUUGGAUAUUCCAAACCCACGGUACCUGGGGCCAGCCAUUUCAUCUGGAGCCAUUUACCUGGCAUCUGUUUACCAGGACAAACUUAGAGUUAUAUGCUGCAAAGGUAAUCUGGUGAAGGACACUACAAAUGAGCUUCAUCGAGCACCUUCAACAACACGCAGCCCAAACAAAAGAGGUCCUCCAUCAUAUAAUGACCACAUAACUAAGAGAAUAGCUCCAAGUCCUGUGCCAGGGGAGGUCCAGGGUCUUGUGCGAGAACCAAGCACACCACAUCGUUACCGUGAAGGUAGAACAGAGCUACGAAGGGACAAAUCUCCUGGGCGACCACUUGAAAGGGAGAAGUCUCCAGGCAGGUUACUGAGUACCCGAAGAGAGAGAUCACCUGGAAGGUUAUUCGAAGAGAGCAAUAGGAGUCGCUUGCCUGCCGGAGCUGUGAGAACACCUCUGUCACAAGUCAACAAGGUUUGGGACCAAUCUUCAGUAUAAUGUGACCAGACAAGCACCGUCUACAAAGAACUAAGAAGAAAUGAUGCAAUGUCUCAUUUAUACAUGCAGAUGCUUUUAUAUCCAGAAGAUUGUCUGUAGCCGACCAGUUACAAAGACUAUUUUAAAUUGUGUAUGUGAAGCAGUGUACCAAGAUCUCAAACAGCUUAAUUCUUGCAUCUGACUUCAUAUUUCAUUCCUGUUUUCUUUCUUUCUAAUCACAUGCUGAUUUGUGUCAUUUUUUUUAACUUUAUAUGAAGAUAUUUCCUUAAAAGUAUUAUUUUUUGUCAAAUCAUAAGGUCAACUAGACCUCUUCAGCAGUGGUUCUCAUACUUGUCUACAAUAAGACGGGAUUUUGGGGUGUUUAGAUUUUAGGGUUUUAUGGUAUCAUAGGCUGUUUUAACUCCUUGAAAAUAGUCUUCAGAACCAGUGCUCCGUAGGAAAAGUAACCAAAUCACAGAGUGUGGCUGUAUUGAAUAAUGAAGAAUCUACUGUACAAUUUUAGAUUAAAGCAAACUAGAUUCAGUUUAAGUAACCUGUCGCUUUUAGGAGUAUCACUGAGGCUUACAAGCCUUUUAGUCCAACAGCAGCAGGCUUGAACGGUCUUCAAGCCUUAUUUCCUUAUAGUGAACACUAACCAUUUUACAUUACACCAUGUGAUUUAAUAUCAGUCUUACCACUGAUCUAAAAGCCAUUGAUUUUCACACUAACACAGAAUAUUUAAACAAAGAAAUGUUAAUAUACAAAGUCACAGUAGCGAUUUUAUUUCUGCACACAGGAUUCCUCUCCAUUCUGCUGAUUUACUUCCUGUUGCUUCUGCUACCUCACUUGAUAUUAAGAUAUUGCUUUAUAAACCAUCCCGUUAAUGUGCCAGGGGUAAUAUGUACGAAAAAGGUGCUAAAAUAUUUUAUAGGUGUUAAAAUGAACAAGAUCUUAUAUUGGAUUCUCAUUUUUCAAUUUCUAAUUGAGAAAGUUUGUAAUCCCUGCAUUCUGAUAAAAUGUGUAUAAUAGGAAAAGCUGGACCUUUUAAAUAUGUAUAUAUAUAUAUAUAUAUUUCUGUUGCAUGAAAGGUUUUCAUCCCCAAACAGGAGCCUCAGAACAUCCUUUAUCAGUGAACAUUAUAUCUGUCUAUUUCAUUUGGGUUAAUGCUAAACUAACAUGCUCUAUCAAACCUCUAGGUGAUGUAUGUUGGUUAACUGUCCCUUUAAAUGCUUCCUUACCUAAAUAUGAGGAUUGUACAUAUUUACCAGAAAGUUUAUAUUCAUAAAAUUGAAUAUGUUUCUACUUUUUUAAGGUAAACUGUGCAUUUUUGCCCUUUUUGUGAAAUGAGUGCCGACUCUGGCAAGGUGCCGAAAUCAGCUCCUAGAUAACAGGCUACAGUGGGAGUAUUUCUAAGGCAGACUGCAGGGGGAUUACUCUCAGAGCAGGCUGCAGCAGUGGUACUCGUAAAAAUCUUGCAGUAUUGCUACUUCUGCAAGAUGACUAUACUUUAAGUACUUCUAGACGGCAGUCUGAAAUAGAAGUACUCUUUGCUAGCAGUCAGAAGUAUGAUUACUGGAGGUGCUUGUGAGUGUGGAAUGCUUGAUUUCUAUUAUGCUUUGCCGCUUUUUGCUAAUAUUGUAGAAAAAAAUAAAUAAAUGCACUUUAAAA